UCUCGAUGCGAAAUCGUCUGCUUCGUAGUUACGGAGUCUGCCCGAUUCUCUAGAGUUGAGGUUUUGACUUUUUGGGGAAUGGGUUCCGUCUGCCGGAAAUGCUGAGUGCUGAAGGACUUUGGUUGGUUCUUGUGGGCUGUCGGUGUGCCGGGAGUUGCUCGGUUGUUGCUGAACUAUUCUGCCGGAAGAAUUACCUUGGACUGUCGAUUGGACUGUUCAGAAACAUGGCUCAGACACUUGAAGGAAUCAAAGGUGGUGGAGGAUCCAUCAGGAUUGGAACUACUGGUACAAUCAGUUCGCUGAUGAUGAGAGAAUUAGAAUCCAUCAAGUCUGCUCCUAAGACGCCAAUCUCUCCUAGAAAUCGACCUCGGCCGCAUGUGGUUUCCAUUUCCUGCAAGGCCACUACUCCUAAAAGAUCACAACAGAGGAAGUCAAUGGAUGGAGCAAGCAGUAGCAAUUGUGCUGAUGAAAGAAACCUGGAGGUUCCUCGGAAAACAAAAGGUCAUGCCAGAACUGACACUCAACUCCCAAUGCUUGCAGGCAAUGAUGUUGCUCUUGAUGGAACUCCAGUGAAGAGGAAAACUGACAAAAAGGUAACUAACAUUGUUGAGGUUGUGGAUAUAAGAUGUGGCAAUGCUGAUAGAGCUUGGACUGGCCCUAUAGCUAACCGGCUUAAGAAGCUCAGCUUCUCAAAGCUCUCCGAGAGCAUUGUCUAGGCUUGGAGAUUCAUGUCCAAUUUGAGGUUUCUGUAGUUGAAAUUGGAAGUGCCAACAGGCCUUUUGUUGUCUGAAACCUCCACCAUAGAACAUAUACUGGGCACGAGCCUAUUGCUGCUCCCUCUCCUUUUCUUUUUAUGGGUCAAGAGAGAACCGAAUGUAGGUUUGGCAGGAUUGCUAGAGGAAGCCAUGUCUGUGACGUGAGAUCGAGGCUUCUGUGAAUUCUCUCUACAGCUCAACUCAACCCUUCUGAAAUACUCAAUUUCCUGCAUUAUAAGGGAUCCGACGGUGCCCUUUGACCCUACUUCGACAGGAGCAGCCAUUUUUUGAGGGAUUUCUGUGUCGCUUGGUCUGGAUUUAUACAUCUUCUCCAUGCCAGGAGCUUUGGAAGCUUGAUAAUGAAGAGAGGUGGUUUUGGGUGUUGUCUGGGUGGGAAGAUUGCUUUAGAUCUGGGGCACUGGGUGUUUUGGUCUUAUAGUCACAUGAACUCUGAACCUUAAGUUUUCUAUCGGAAAGUGAACCCUUGUAGAUUUUUCCUACUUGGUGGAUGGGAUAGUGACAGACAGUCACUUUAUUCAUGUGCUUGCAGUUAAAACCAUUCAAGGUGCUAACCGUCAUUUUUUCUCUA